AUGGAUUUAUUCUCUCCAAACGAGCAUGCCAUCGAAGAUUGGAACAGUCAAUUCUUGUUACCAGAUAAUGAAGAUCAUGAACAUACCAAUUGGUUCGAGUCAAUAAUGUCGAGCUCCACAGGUGUGAAACAUGUUCUUCUGUCUCCACUGAACCAAAUAUAUGGAGCUGCAGCUACAUGUAAACCAACCAUGAAACCAAUAUCCCAAACCCAUCACGACCAUUCGAAUCAUUCGACACUACAUGAUCCACAUCCAGUGACUUUAAGUUAUGAUCCCUUUCAGAUCUUGAGCCGUGAGCAUGAUUUAUGUUCGAACUGUCCAUGUUCAUCCAUGCCUCUUCAACCACCACGACAACUUUUAACCUUCCAACGACAUGCAUUAAUGCAACAUGAAAUUCAGACUACCAACACUCCACACCAUGGAUUUCCCAUGCGAAUGAAGAAAAAACGAACACGUUCAAUGACUACAAAGAAUUCACAAUGUGAAAAUUGUGGAACUCGUUCCACUCCAACUUGGAGAAGAAAUCCAUCGACUGGUCAAACAUUAUGUAACAAGUGUGGAUUGUAUGAAUUGAGAUAUGGAAUGAAUCGACCUGCGAAGGAGGAAUAUCUCAAAUUAGGAAGAAGAAAAAGACAUGUGGCAGCUGAGGAAACACCAUCCAAUGUCAUAAAAUCGCCUUCUGAAAAUGAUGUUGCAGAAAUUGAAUGUAAAAAGAUGAAACAGGACCCUUCUUUCCGUUCAAUGGAAUGUGAUUUGACAGAAACUCUAAAUCAUGAAGGACAUGUACAUCAUGGUUGGUCAUCAUUGAAUGUGUUAAAGGAUCGAUUGAAAGAAGCCUCUGAAAGAUAUCCAGACAUUAUUCAAACCUUAAUUUCAUUGAUUCGAAAACAUGUCUUGACUCAACCUCAAGUUCUUUCACAGAUUGUACAAACCUCUCCAUUGAAUCUUCAUCAACAACAAGAACCAGAACCACAAUUAUCAUUGGAUUCUACAGAACUCUCCAUUAAGGAAGAAGAAGAAGAAUCAUGCACAAAUUUCUUGUUAUUCGAAACAUGUAUUCAAUAA